CGUAGGGAGAUUACUUCCUGUGUCAGACAGAGACUGGUGGGCUGACCUAACAACAAUAAUAAAACGCGGAGCCUCACCUAAUUCCUCCUUUCCAUUUGGGGUUUAUUCAGAGAUGUCGGAGUCUCCGGACACCCGGAGCCUUGUUUCCGCCUCCUCACAGCUCAACCUGAUGGAGGUUGGCACGAUCGAUGAUAAAGAGUUUGAUAUUCCCCAGGUGGACACGCCCCCCACGCUGGAGAGCAUCCUCAAUGAGCUGGACGAUGAGGAGGAACCAUUUGUCCUAGAGGACACGUGUGUGAUGAGCACCGACAACAUGGACACUCAUUCCUGUGACACGUCCUCUUUGGCCAGCUCGGAUAGUGGAGACCCCGCUCACCUUAAAAGAAGACGCAGAACGGUGGACGCAAACACGUCAGUGCACGGAUCUGUUCUUCGACGCAGUCUGUUGAAGGGCAUCUCCGCGCAGAUCGUCUCUGCAGCUGAUAAAGUGGAUGCUGGAUUGCCGACCGCUAUAACAGUGUCAGCUGUGAUUGCUGUGGGAACAUCUCAUGGACUGGCCCUGGUUUUUGACACCAACCAGGCUCUACGGCUCUGCCUGGGUACCAAGACGACCGGUGCGGAAUUCGGAGCGGUCUCCGCCCUCAGCAUCAACCAUGAUUGCUCGAGACUUCUCUGCGGGUUUGCCAAAGGACAGAUUACAAUGUGGGAUUUGGCCAACGGGAAACUUUUGAGGACGAUCACUGAUGCCCAUCCUCCUGGAACAGCUAUACUACAUGUGAAGUUCACGGAUGAUCCGACUCUCGCGGUGUGCAACGACAGCGGAGGAUCCGUUUUCGAACUUGCCUUCAGGAGGGUCAUGGGAAUGCGCUCCUGCGACUCUCGCUGUCUCUUCAGCGGCUCUAAAGGAGAGGUCUGCUGUAUCGAGCCGCUCCGCGCCCCCCUAGAUUUCAGGGACCAUCCCAUCACACAAUACUCUCUGCUGGCUAUGGCGUCCCUCACUAAAAUUCUGGUAAUUGGACUGAAGCCCUCCCUCAAAGUCUGGAUGACCUUUCCCUAUCAUCAGUCCGAUCCGGCCAGCGUUCCUCAGCUGGCCUGGCAGUUUGUCGCUGUUCAGAAAGCGGUCAACCCCAUCUUGGCUUUUUGCAAAGGCGACACGGUCCACUUCCUGCUGGUCAAAAAGGAGGAGACGGGGACAAUUCAUGUCAUCAAACAACGACAACUGCACCUGAGCUGUGACAUUAUUAGCCUCUGUUGGAUCAACAGUCGUACACUGGUCCUGGUCGACAGCCAUGAAAAGCUUCAUGUUGUGGACCGGCCCAGUCAGGAGGUGCUGGAGACUCUGGACCUGGAGCAGGUGCAGCUGGUUUACAACAGCAGACAUUUCAAAUCGCUGGCUACUGGAGGCAACGUCUCUCAGGCUCUGGCUUUAGUCGGAGAGAAGGCCUGCUACCAAUCUGUUUCCAGCCAAGGAGGGCAGAUUGUGUAUUUGGGCACCAAGUCGGCUCACAUUAUGACCUUACGAGUUUGGAGAGAGCGCAUCGACUGCCUGCUGAAACAGGAGCAUUUUGUCGAGGCGCUCUCCUUGGCCUGGUCCUUCCACGAAGGGACGGCAAAGGCCGUAGUCGGCCUUUUUGGAGAUCCGGUGAAAAGGAAAUCAGUGGUGGGUGACAAGAUGGUUGAAAUCCUUUUCCAGUUUGCUGAGUACGCCUUAAAGAAGUGUCCAGAACAUGGCAAGAUUCAAGUAAUGGAACAGCAUUUUCAUGACGUGGUUCCAGUCCUCGUGGAUUACUGCCUGCUUUUACAAAGAGCCGACCUGCUGUUUAACCAGCUCUAUUCCCGCCUGUUGGAGAACACGGUUGCUAAAGGGGUUUUCCUGGAGUCCCUGGAGUCGUACAUUGUCGCCGACCGCGUCGGUCACCUCACAACCCCCAUCAUGAAGGACCUCCUGGCUCAUUACCACGGAAACGGUAUGAUGGACAGUCUGGAGAGGUGCAUCGUUCAUCUGGACGUCACCAGCCUUGACAUACAGCAGGUGGUCCAGGUGUGUUGGACCAACCAUCUCUACGAUGCCAUGAUCUACGUUUUCAACAGUGGCAUGAAUGACUAUGUCACACCUAUGGAGAAACUGUUUGCCGUCAUUGGGCCACCACUUAGAGAGGGCAGAAGCCUAACAGAUCACCAGGUGGUGAUGGGAAACAAACUUCUCGUCUAUAUUAGUUGUUGCCUCGCAGGACGUGCAUACCCACUGGGGGACAUCCCAGAAGACCUCGUGGUUCAAGUCAAGAAUCAGGUGUUCGACUUCCUAAUCCGCCUGCACUCAGCCGACUCCACCGACGAAGAGGAGGUGUUUCCGUUUAUUCGUACGCUCCUUCAUUUCGACACCCGUGAGUUCCUGAACGUCCUGGCCAUGACGUUUGAAGACUUUAAGAAUGACAAACAGGCCCUCGAGUACCAGCAGAGGACAGUGGACAUUUUACUACAGGUGAUGGUGGACAACCCGGACUUUACUCCCUCCCAGGUGGGCGGACUCUUCACCUUUUUGGCUCGUCAACUGGCCAAACCGGACAACACGCUUUUUGUGAACAGGAAGCUUUUUGAUCAGGUUUUGGAGUUCCUGUGUUGCCCAGACGAUGAUUCCCGACACACAGAGAGGCAGCAGGUCCUGCUGGAGCUGCUGCAGGUCGGCGGUGUGGUCCAGUUUAAUGAAGAGCGACUGUUGGCCUUAGCCGAAAAGGCUAAGUUCUACCAAAUCUGUGAAUUUCUGUAUGAGAAGAAACAUCUUUAUGACAGGAUCAUUGACUGCUACCUCAGGGACCCCCUCAGAAAGAGGGAGAUCUUCAGCUACGUACACAAUCUGCUGUCUAUGCCCAGCUACAGCGUCGAGGAGAGGCAAAGUGUCAGGGAGAAAGCUCUACAGCACAUGAAGGAUCUGGUGGACAUUGACCCGAGCAAAUCAGCCGAUGUGGUCAUGUUUCACUUUGCCGACAAUGUGCAAGAAAUCAUCGCUGAGCUUAACAAUGAUGAGCUGAUUUUCAAGUUCCUCAGCAGCCUCCUGGAACCAAGGGAGGGACGUCGAUUCCAGAACACUCUGCCUCUGCAGCUUGAGCUCCAUGAGCUUCUACUGGACCUGAUGUGCCGAUUUGCACCCGAGGGGUUACUGAGCUUCCUGCAGAACUCUCAGCACUACAGACUGGAGGAGGCCAUUCAAAUUACGCAGAAGCGUCACCGUAGUGAGGCCACAGCCUAUCUGCUGGAGCAGAAGGGAGACGUUCACGGAGCCUUUUCUGUCCUGUUGGAGAUGUUAAAGGACAGACUGUGUCUCUUCACCGCCGAGGGGGGAACUGGUGGUGGAGCGGAAGGUCAGCGGUGCGGUGGGGAUGAUUUACCGCUGACCAGAGUGAAGGAGUCACUUGAUGACAUCAUCUCCCUGUGUGUACGGAGCUCACACAGCCUGGACGAGGAACAAAGACAGGUUCUUUGGUUUCCACUUCUGGAGGCCAUGAUGGCUUCCCAGAAACUAGUGAAGGAGCCCAACGCCAAACACACCUCUGAGGUUCUGAAGGAGCUGACCAUGAAGGUUCUCAAUAGCAUGAGCAGUUUCAUUCCUUUGCCUGCCAUCAUUCAACGAAUCCUACAGGACCCCGUUUACGGAAAAGGGAAACUAGCAGAAAUCCAGGGCCUGAUUCUGGGAAUGCUGGACACUUUUAACUAUGAACAGACUUUGCUCGAAACAACCACUAAUCUCUUGAACUACGACCUCCACUGGUCCCUGGCUCACCUGCGUGCUACCGUCAUGAGGGGGCUUCACCCACGGCAGGACCACUGUAACAUCUGCCUGCAGCAGUACAAGAGGAGGCAGGACUCAGCCGAGGAAAUCAUCGUGUUCAGCUGUGGCCACCUCUACCACAUCCAGUGUCUGCAGCAGAAGGAAAGCGGUUGCGGCCCCGCUUCGGAGCGACAGCAGCAAUGGAGCUGCUACAAGUGUUCUUCCAGCCACGGUGGGAAGGGAGGAACGUGUAUUGAACUUAAAAGGGGUCGCACCACAUCCCUGGCACAGACUCGUAUUGCUUCUGCGCAGAAGGACAAAGGAGCGGAAUCUCACCGGAAGGUUUUGGUUGAAGCAACACUGGACCCACAGCAGGAACAGGCAUGGGACCAGCUGCGCUGUUUAUAUCGAGGACAGUCCAAGUUGUCCUUACUUACGGAACUCUCCCACUGUUAUAACGAGAAGGCAGGACCUCUGUUCCCAGCCCAAGGAUUAGAUCAAUUCCAGCUGAAGCUCGCGCCGCCGCCCGUGCUGGAGGAUUAACGGCAGCUAGCUUUGCGUCAUUUGCCUGGAUUUAACAUUUCCUUUCUCCUGAUGUCACUGUGAAUUGUCAAUUUCUUUAUUUGUUGAGGCCGAUGUCGUUGAUGUUGCACAAACUGUAUUUGUAUAAAUGUGUUUAUUUUAAAACAAUAUAUAUGUAUACUGGAACCCAUAUGUGGUAAUAUCUUCCUUCCUCUUCUCGAUCCUCUAUCUUUAUGUCUUUAACAACGGACACUUGAACGGGUUGUAGGACCUUUAAGAACCAGCACCAAACCAAAGGCCAGGUACUAGACAUGGAUUGAAUGGUUUAUUCUCAAUUCUUCAUGAUAAUCUCUUCAUAAAACAAGUUUAAAAACUGAUAUAUGUUUAUCUGUUUAGUUAUAAUGAUCUAAAUUAGUAAAUUUACUAGGAAAUGUUUACUAUAAGCAGGUAAGGAUAAGCGAGGCACUAAUGAGUAUGUGUAUUUUAACAGGUAAAUCCUGAGGAAUAGAAUGUUUCCGUUAGAAAUAGCAAUGCCAAAUAUAAAAGCAUUACAGCAAAAGCGCACAUCAGAUUUGCACUCUGGAUUUUACCCAGCCAUGAGACAAACUAAGGUAGCGUGGGAGUUUUUUUCUUUUUUUUUUUUGGUACCUGUUUAACACACCACAGCUCGGCCGCUCAUGGGAUUUGAACCAACGACCCGCCAUGCUAACGCUACAACUACUAACGUAGUCCAUGGGCUGGUUCACUCUUUUUUUGACCUUAAUGUUAUGCCUGUAUCUAUCCUGUCUGCCACCCUUUGGUCCAUAAACAUGCAGCGCCCCCUGCUGGGUGUAUUAUUUUAGUUUAACAGCUUUUUGGUGCCAAUGUGACUUUUUUAGUGAAAAUAAAAUAAA